AUGUUGUGGGCGUGCGGUGUCACGGAGUUCCUGCUUCCAGCGGGGCGUUCCGCGACCGCACGGAUCAAGCAGCGUCCCGAGGACUUUGUUGUGGUGGAAGUUGACCCUACCGGGGCCCGCACCGACGCGCCGGGUUAUCGGCUGCCCCACACGGCCGCGCCCCGCCCCACGGAGCCCCGGCCACACAACACGCCGGCUUCGUCUCCGUCUCCGUCUCCUCCUUUUGCCGCCGCCACCGCCGCCGCCUCUGACGUCGCCGCCCUGCUGACGGCAGAGGAUGUCCUCACGGAUGCCGUGCGCGAGGGUUUACUCGCACAGUUUGGCAGCAAGCACGACGCCGUCGCGCGGUACGCCUCGGGUGCCGUGGGGAGGGAUGCCGAAGGGGGUGCAAAGCAGUACUUUCUUGGGGCGCUCAGCCUGAAGGGGGAGCGGCAGCGGCUGCACCGCGCCCUCAAGCACGCCUUUCCCCACCUCCGCACUGAAACGCGCCGCGUCCCAGCCCCAGGCGGCCCUGCUGGGGCCUUGGAUUGCCACGUGGUCGCCACGUAUGAUGCCGGCUACCUCCUCCUCGCCCACCUCCUGGGCGAGGGCCCGGCGGAUGCGGUGGAAGCGUGGAGUAGCUCGGCGCCACGCAACGACGCGUUUCGCAUCGCUGUCAACUUUCCGCAGGAGACGACAAAAGAAUCGCGACGUGCAUUUCACGAAGUGGUGUCCCGACGUUAUCCGGGUCUCGUGUGUCGUGUCGCAAACGGGCAGGUGACGCUCAAGGCGGCUUUGACGCGGCGCCGGGAGAAGCGUGCCCGCGACGGCGUUGAUGGCGCCGCGUCGGGUUUGUUCACGCACCUCGUUGUCCGCAAGCGCAGCCUCGACGUGAUGGAGAUGCGGCUUCUGCUGGCGGAUUACUUUGGAGUCCCCGACACGGCCGUGUGCACGGCGGGACUGAAGGACAAGCGCGGCGUCACGUACCAGCGCUGCUCCGUCCCGCUCUCCAGCCAGCCUGCGAGGUCAAAGCCGCAAGGGGGCGAACACGUUCGUCUUGUUUGGCCCAGUGAUCCUUCAAGCUACGUGGAGAUUCUGCAGCGUUCGGAGCCCUGCUCUGCCCCUGUUGGCGUGGGCGAGCUCGCUGGAAACUGCUUCAGCGUGCGUCUCGUGGAUGUGCAGGGGAUAACCUUUUGCGAGCUUGCCCAGCGUCUGCGGCAGAUUGAGUCCACCGGUUUUUUAAACUACUUCGGGCAGCAACGGUUUAGCGAACGUGUGCAGAACACGAAGGACCACGUCGGGGUGCAUCUGUUGGCGGGGAGGUGGGCGGAGGCCGUGAGCACCCUGACGAGUUGUGUGCCGGGACUUUACGCGUCCUUCCCUGAGCGCAUGGAGGCCCGCCACGUGCCAGCCGGCGCCCGUGACGCCCUGUGCGUUGUGCAGGCGCUGCAACGGCUCCAUCGGACGCGGCACUCCUCCCCGGCGACGCCGCUUUCUGCGGAUGAUGUUCGUCUUUGCACCACGCGUUGGCAGCAGUUGUGCCACGAUGCGCUUUUGGCAGUGCCGUACAAUAUUCGUCUCUUGUGGGUCAACGCGGCCCAGAGCCUUAUUUUUAACAUUAUGCUCUCUAAGCUGCAGCGCACGGGUGCGGCUGCGGGGGCGGUAGGCGCCUUGCCCCUUCCUGGUCACCAGGUGAAGGUUGCAGAGGUCCUGCGGCCGGUGUUUGAGCAGACGCUGGCGGAGCUUGACGUGCGUGCGGCCGAUGUGCUGGAGCAGAGGAAGGUUCUUGGCGUGCCGCUUCCAGGUGCCAUGCGCCAGACGGUUGCGCGGCCGACGGGGUGCAGCCUCACGCUGGAGGGAAAUGACGCGGCGGACGGCUUUAGCGCGACGGUUGAGUUUAUGCUUCCGCCCUCCAGUUACGCGACCAUCUUCCUGCGGGAGGCCCUGGGGUGUGAGCAGUGGUGGUAG